CUGCGCUGGAAAAGAGCCACUGCAACAGACAGAAGCGCGCAAGCAAAAGAGGGACUGAGGGAGAGAGGAUGAUUUGGAAGCGAGGCCAGUAGAAGAGGGGGAAGAGGACAGAGCGCUCGUGCCGCGUCGCUCCAAAAGAGGGGAAAAGGAGAGCUCGCAAAUCGCCCACGGGAUUCGGCCGACCGAUCGAGCUCGCACUCAAAGCAAUGCCUGCGAUGCACCCACCUCGAUGCCUCUCUCUCUUCUUCCUCUAGUCACUGCUGCCCGACGGCGCCCGGGCCUCCCCUGCUCUGGAGAAAAAGGAACGAACGGUGGGAGAGAGGCGGCGAGAUGGAAAAGACGUGGUUUUUCCAGGUCUAGUUGCCGCGGCGGUGGAUCUGGAACUUAGAUCUGUGAACUUACUUGAAGCUGUAACGUUGGAAGCUCGUUUGGUUUCCCGCGUUUCUCAUAUUGGAAUCUUCGACGGGAGAUAUCUGACAAAAAGGAGAAAUUUUGGAGUGGUUUCAUUGCAGACGGGUGGCAUCCUAAGUCGUCGCCAUGUGCUGUUGCGUCUGUUAAACUUCAUUUCCUUUCCUUUGUUGCGCGGAACAACCUACAUUUAGGUUUUCUCCGUCCUAACCAGCUCCAAAAUGGCGAGUUGGGAGCAGUUGGGAGAGCUGUCGAACGUGGCCCAGCUGACGGGUCUCGACGCCGUCCGUUUGAUCGGGUUGAUUGGGCAGGCGGCGGCUACUGCACGGAUGCACAAGAAAAAUUGCCGGCAGUUCGCGCAGCAUCUGAAGCUGAUUGGUAAUCUCUUGGAUCAGCUGAAGAUUUCGGAGCUGAGGAAGUACCCUGAAACCCGGGAGCCUCUCGAGCAGCUGGAAGAUGCUCUUAGGAGGUCUUACAUUCUCGUGGAUAGUUGCCAAAACAGGAGUUAUUUGUACCUUUUGGCAAUGGGAUGGAACAUGGUCUACCAGUUUAGAAGAGCUCAGAAUGAGAUUGAUCGAUAUCUUCGACUCGUUCCACUCAUCACCCUCGUAGAUAAUGCUCGAGUCAGAGAAAGGCUUGAUUCCAUUGAGAGGGAUGAGCGAGAAUAUACCUUGGAUGAAGAAGAUAGAAAAGUGCAAGAUGUCAUUUUGGAUCGUGAACGAUCAACAAAUCCUUCCACAGUUCUCAAGAAAUCUCUCUCUUGUUCUUAUCCAAAUGUGCCAUUUGAUGAAGCCCUUAAGAAAGAAAGGGAAAAGCUGCAAAUGGAGCUUGAGAGAUCGUGUGAUAUAGGUCAAAGUGAAAUGAUCCAACAUUUGAUAGGGGUAACACAAAAUGUGGAAACAGCAUUAGAAGAAAAAAGUGCACAUCUUAAAAGUCCAAAGAAAGUUGAGCUAAAAUAUUCAGAUCCCAAUGAUUACAAAGAGAAGUCCUUUGAUGGGACAACUAGAAGGGCUUCACCAGAUACAUAUGGUCACGAUACACCGUCAUACAAAGGAUUUCAUGGACAUGAAGAAUGGCAUGCGGAUUUACUGGGAUGCUGUUCAGAGCCUUCAUUAUGUUUGCGAACUUUAUUCUAUCCCUGCGGAACAUUUUCACAGAUUGCUAGUGUGGCAAAAGAUAGACCAAUUUCUUCUGCUGAAGCAUGUAAUGAUUUGAUGGCUUAUACAUUAGUAUUAUCAUGCUGUUGUUACACUUGCUGUGUACGAAGGAAGCUACGAAAAAUGUUCAAUAUUACGGGAGGGCUUUGUGAUGAUUUCUUGUCUCAUCUACUUUGCUGUUGCUGCGCCCUAGUUCAAGAAUGGCGAGAAGUUGAGAUUCGUGGAGCUCAAGGAUCCUGGAAAACAAAAACAAGUCCACCAGCUUCUCAGUACAUGGAAUCCUAGGUAUCAAGUUUCCGCUGAUAUAUGUCUAUCCUAUGAACACUGCUACAUCACUAGGUUUUUUUUUCCUUCGAAUACGAGUCUUCUUAACUUGACCGUUCCAGUUUACGAACUCUAAUAGGUUGGCAGGAUUGAGUAACCGUGUUGUGCAGGUAUUUAACAAUGCUACAGUUGUAAAUGUUGGAUCCAUGAAUUUAUGUUUGCCAUGGUUUGUUAUCCUACAA